AUGUCCUACAACCAAGAGUCGGCCCGCGGCGGCGCCCGUGACGAAUACUACAGCGGCCACCGCUACGAUGACUCGGACGACGAAGACUACCGCCAGGCGGAGAAGCACGCGGCGACGCACGCCGAGGGCAGUGGCGACAGCUCGCUGUUCAGCACCGCCCUCGGCCUGCUGUCGGGCAAGAAGCAGAGCCUGAAGGAGGAGGACCUGGACGAGGACGACGCCGUCAACCAGCACCGCAAGUUCUACGGCGGCGAAAGCCACGAGAGCCAGGCCACCGAGGGCAACCUCGGCGCCGCCGCCGCCAUGCAGGCCCUCAAGCUGUUCAACAGCAGCUCCGGCGGCGGUAGCAGCAGCAAGAGCGAGUUCCUCGGCCUGGCCAUGGCCCAGGCGAGCAAGCUUUUCGACGAGCAGAGCGCCCAGGGCAAGACGGAUUCGAGCGCCAGCAAGCAGGGUGCCGUCCAGCAGGCCGCCCAGAUGGCUCUGAAGAUGUAUCUGAAGUCCGACAACAGUGGCUCUGGUGGCAGCAAACCCAGCGGUUUGAUGGGCCUGGCCAGCAAGUUCUUGUAA